GGGGACAAGGCGCGACCCCCACCACCACCACCUUGUGUCGUUGCUGCGUUCGGCGUCUCCACCUGGAUCCUCCCUUGCGCUCUCCCCGCCGCUGGGUCUCCUGCUCCUCCUGCUGCUCACACGCGAGAGGAGCCGAUAUCGGCGCUUGCACCCGUUGGGUGAGUUCAUCCCAGUUGGUAGCGGUGUACACCACGCGGCGCUAGGGCCAGAGCCGAAACGUCGUAGGUCGGGGUGGGUGACUGAGGUGGUCCCUGCCACCGUAGUCACCCACGCUAAUGUAUUGAAGGUGGAGGGGUUACCAGCCCCUCGCACCCGUCCAGAGCCCCCGUUUAGCCACUGUGGUGGUCACAGACGCUGUCCACGACAGCGUUGCCGGUCCGGCACCGCGAGGAGGUAGGGGGUUGUUUUUGCCGCUGGCUAAAGCACAGCAGGGGGCACAGUAGGGGGCACAGGUGGUGCAUCAGCCACUCAUCUCGGUCAUCUGAGUAAGUCGACCCGUGGCACCUGCUGGGUCUGCCCCGUGACCUCCUGCCAGCGGGCGCUCGACACUUCACGUGGCCUCAAGGUGCACAUGGCCUGGCACAAGCGUCGUGGUGACGUCACCGCCACUUAGUGGCGAAUGGCGAUUGUUGUUGUUGUCGUGUGUGUGUAAGUAUGUGUGUGUACGUGUGUGUAAGUUGAAUCUAUUUCGCACCGUACGUUGACAACCGUGCUAAUCGGAGGUGCGGGGGAAGGACAGCAAACUAGACACAAACCACAACUAUUACACCCCCAUGUAGCUUUACUAGACUUGGGGCAAGUGCUCCAAGUCUAAGCAACCGUACAGCUACAAAGACAAAGAUACCCCUAUAGCCUCAACAAGACUGUAGGGGCAAGUGCUGUCAGCACACACGCCGAGCUGGACAAGAGCCCAGGAGCGCGCCGCUGCUCGUGAUGAACUUGCCCUUGAUGCUACUGCUGAUGAUGAUGAUGCUGCUGCUGAUGAUGCUGAUGACGAUUCUGCUGCUGCUGAUACUGCUGCUGAUGCUGCUGCUGAUGACGAUACUGUUUCUGCUGAUACUGCUGCUGAUGCUGCUGAUGACGAUACUGCUGCUGAUGAUGAUGAUGCUGCUGAUGACGAUACUGCUGCUGCUGAUACUGCUGCUGAUGAUGCUGCUGAUGAUGAUGACGCUGCGGGUGGUCUCCCUCCAAUGGGGCGGUGGCGCUGAGUCACGUGGCUCGCAGCGCGCGCGCCCAGACUGGGGAAUCCCCUCGCGCGGUGACGUCACUUCUCGGUCGCCCGCGGUGACGUCACUCAGCUCCGCCCCCUCCUCGUCGUCCAUCGUUCCUCUUCAGUCGUCUCGAGCCUCCGCGCGCAAGCGUCUCCUGCACAUUGAGCCUUGUGCUGUACAGCCUCUGGACAGCCUCUGUGGACGACAGCUCUGUGGACGACAGCUCUGUGGACAGCUUUCACACCGGGCAGGACGCGUAUCCCGCAGCUCACCGUGGGACCGCGACGCGAGCCACUCAACGCUUGGAACGGAGCCCCGGCCCCGCGUAUUGCCGAUUGCAGUUUGCCCGAGGACUUCGACGAAAUGGAUUUUCAAAGGAGUCUGAAACAACAGAGGGCGCUGGAGGUGACGAACGACUACAGACGGCGCUUUGUCAGGUCUGCGAGCAAGUUCAUCAUGGUGGUCUACACCUAUGGCCGGCAAGAAAUUCAGAAGGGGAGGCUGAACAAACUAGACUUCCGCUCGUAUCUCAAUGAGAUUGUUCACUGCAUCUUCUUCCUGGGACAACUGCAGCAGCCGAGCGUGGACCCAGAGUGCAUGUUCCCCAGCAAGCGGGCUCUGUCCGCGAUGCGCUCACUCACGGCCUUCACCUCGUUCCGCUCGCACACUCCGAAGAGGAUGCCGGGCUCCGUGCUCCUCCAGAUGGUGGAGCAAAUCGAGGGUUCUGACAGCCAGCAGGAGAUCCUCAAGACACUGGCCUUGCUAGGCACCGACAUGCUGGUGAACGAUGGGGGCGGAGGUGGCGGUGAAGAUGACGGUGGCGGUGACGGCAGCGGCGGCGUCGCUGUCCUCAACGACUUCUCGCCUGUCGGGGUGAAGUCUUUGGUCUACGGCGAGGGCUCAAGCGGCCGCUACGCGUGGGGCGCCUCUAUAGGGAACCUUCGGCCCAACGCCGCUCGCGCCGCGCGGGCGCUGGGCCGCCUCUUCUACCUGAACCCCCUCGUGGUCGGCGCCAUGUGCGGCACCCGGGGGGAGUCGUGUUUCCUGGUGUUCCACCGGGGCAUCCGCUGCACGAGCUACACCUGUCACGUGGAAGGCGGCUGCGUGCGCUUCCGCCCAGAUGCUACGAUGGCUGCCGCACGUUAUUGGACGGGGUUCACGCGCGGCGCGUUGUCGUGCGGGCGGUCGGUGGCGGGCGUGACAGGAGAGGAUUGGGCGGUGUGCGAGGCGCUAAGAAACCUGCUGGCGCUGCCCGACGGCCAAGUCGGCGUGACGUGUCUGGGGAAGCCGUCGUCCAGGCAGGGAGAGACGGAGCUAUCUCUCAACGCUCACGUGGGCAAUGGUGCCGGUGACAAUGGAUCUCUUGUGCCCUUCGACCCAUCCGCUCCGCUCUAGCCAGCGGUGUCACUCGCAAACGGAAUCCGAAUCUUUAUCCUGGAGAAAUCCGAUGAGCUUCGCUGUCCAUCGAAUUUCUGAAGGAACAACUCGUUGGAUUUCUCCGGGAAAAAUUAAGAUUCUACUUUCACCUAACAUUGUUGUUUUAAGCUUUGUGUUAUAUGUCACGUAUAUAGUUAAUAUACUGUACCUAAUAUGAUGUGAUACUAAAACAAUGUUGUUUUAUAUAUAGCGUGAUGAUGCAGAUGAUCUUUAUAAAGAUUUUUCCGCAUCUAUUCAUGCAAUCGCAGACGGGCCAUGAGGCAGCCAGCCAUAAGUCUGCACUGUCUACUGCCCAAGCGGUUCUUACUAAACAUAUUCAGAUGUUUUUAGCGACUUGAUGUUUUAUAUUAUGUAUAAACACAAGGCCUGAAUGCACACGUUGGAUAUGUAAGGUGCUGGUGUGUCAAUGCAUUUUAAAUGUUUUAAUGCAUUUUGACCGUCAGUGCUCAUCCUGUUGCAAAUAAUGUAUCAUAUUUUGGUACUGGCAAAGGAGGUAUAAUUAUAGAUUCUUACCCCGAACCCUCAUUACUUUGAUAGUGCAUUGUCUUUGAGCUGUACGCCUUUUGGCGUCCUCUGGUCGAGCCACAGAUAUUAUCAUAGUAUGUGUUUUGUUUGCAUUUUGACUGUAAGUAUUGUGGUUAAUGCAGACAUGAAUCCUUAUAAAAAGGUUUCAGUUUUGUUGCCAGAAUAAAGGGGGAAACCCCCAUUUUUAUAACGUAGAACUUCUGUGUUAUAGUGCAACAGUCCGCACAUCCGCAUUUUCUAUGCAUUGUGUUGAUGUUAAUGCCUGCAACUAUUGACCAGGAGUAACCCAACGGUAGGACGACGUGUGUUUGGUGGCGGGAGACGAGGGAGACACGGUCCGAGGUGUGACGAUGUGCGAUUGGCGGCCGGGAAUGACGUGACAGGGAUGAGGGGGGAGCUGUGUGUGACGGGAGGUGGAACGGAGUCGAACCCCUGACCUGUCUCGGCAUGUUAGUGCGCUACACGAGUGUUGUUGCGGUAAAGCCUCUCUAUCUGCGGGGGUAUGUUCUUGAAUACGCUCAUGGACGCGGAAUUGGCGCGUAGCGAGGGUUAGCCGUACCUGUGCGUGCAUUAUUGUAUGGGGCGGCACCGGUGAAGGUUGUGGAGCGGUGUUCGUGUCGAUUCCCCUUGCGUGUCUCGUAGUUGAAUUGAUACAAAUUUAAAUCCAUAAUGGAGGUUUUUUUUGGGUUAGAUAAUGUAAAUAUAAAUGUCGCUAAACCUGUCACCACCCGGCACAGCCAGUUCGUAAGGUUUGUCAAUUGACCACUUCAGUACACCGGUGUGUUGGAGAGUAAAUCCACAUUUACAAUUUUACCAUUUUUUUGUUAUGGAUAAUAUUGGUCGCGAAAAGCGACGUGUCAAAUAUUAAAAUACUGCUUGCUGGGUGGUUCGUGCUUAAGUUUCAAAUGCCGUGUUUAUAUCAUUUUUAUUUGUAAGGUUGUAGCUAUUAAGGGUUUCCCCCCCCCCCUUGUCUCCCCCCAGUAUGUGAGUUACCGCUCCCCGUCGCCAUUUAUCCCUUCCCAUAUAACCCCCCUCCCCCACCCCCCCAUCGGCGACCCAUCGUUCACCGGCCUCGCGUUGCAAUAAAAAUAUGGGAACAAAUGUU